GUCAGCGGCAAUGCCGUCGCAUCACCAAAGAUCACUCUUUACACCAACCAUCAAUGCCCUUACGCCCAUCGAGCUCACAUUGCUUUGAAAGAGCUCAACUUGCCAUUCGAGGAAGUCAUCAUCGAUCUCAGCACGCCACGACCACAGUGGUAUCUCGACAUCAACCCACGCGGUCUAGUGCCUUCGAUCAAGUAUUCCGUCGAAGGCGUCUAUGACGAGGAAAUCUUGACCGAAUCGGCUAUUGUGGCCGAGUUCCUUGCCAACUCGUUUCCGGGAAAACUGCUGCCGGGUUUGAGAGAUAGUCCGAGAGCGCCGCUGGAGAGGGCGAGAAUCAAUUUCUUCACUGAUACCUGGAACAACAAAGUCUCAUCCUUCUGGUUCCAAACCUUGCUCGCUCCGGCAGGGAGUGCCGAAAAAGAAGCGAAAGCUGAGGAAUGGUUUAAAGCCGUGGAGAAGGAAAUCGAACCUCUGCUUUCCAAUUCUGCGCCUUACUUUAAUGGAAGCGAGACUUUGACUUUUGCGGAAGUUCAUGCUGCUCCGUUUAUUGUGAGAUGGUAUGCGUUGGGAAAGCAUGAGGAUUUGAUUCCUACGAGUUUGAUCAGGAAUUUGGAUUCGCUUCCGAAGUUUUCGGUCUGGGCCAAGGCGAUUCGGGAGAAUGAGAGUGUGACGAAGGUUGUGGAUUGGGAGGCGAGUGUUGAUGCUAUGAGGGCUAAGGUCGAGCAGUUUAGGGCUAAGGCUGCUGCUAAG